AGGACGGAACAAAUGUUUUCGCCAUUGAUGACGACGGACAGACAGAGAUACUCGGCAGCUCUCUGAUCGUGGGCAAACCCGGAGGCAACGAGUCCAACCUCUACAUCGGCACCAACCAGCCUUGGAAUUUACAGACUGGCCUCUACCAGGGGGAGUCCAUGUUCGAGCUGACAGACCCCCUGUAUCGUCCAAGGAUACGGGUCUACAACAAUCCUGGCAUCUACACUGGUGCAGCAUUCUUCUCUGCUGUGUCGAUCCUCGGAAAUACCCUCAUGGGCAGCAGUCUUUCAGUCUUUGGCCCUUGGAUUCGAUUGGGCGGAGAGCUCUCAGUCUUACGACGAACUAACCUCGGGAGCUCUUUGUCGGUGCACAGCUACAUGCGCUUUGGAAGCUUUUCAUCCAUCUUUGGAGCCUCGCGAAUUGAUUUGACGCCCUUGAUGCUUGACUCCGUAGGUAUGGGCAGUUCUCCAUCCAUCAGGAACUCAGCCCGUCUUGGUUUGCUUUUUUCAGUCUUCAGCUUGAGCCGUCUGGGAAGCCUGCUGCCAGUUCUGGACCUCGUCCAUCUUGGUAGUUUGAUGUCUCUGCGGAGCUUUGCCAGGUCAGGCUUUGCGGCCUCGGUCCUGGACUUUGUGC